ACUUUUGAAUAUGCAAUUCUUUCCAUUUGUAUUGGUAUUUUUCGCUUUUGCGAACAUUGUCAGUUGUUCUGUGAACCCCUAUCAAUUUCUAGAUGAAAUCGACUUUGCGGCUAUAAGGGAGGAUCCCAAUGAAGUGAAGGUUUACAUAGAAUGUAUUAAUGAGAACAAAGGAUGCACACCUCAAUACGAUCAAGUCAAAAUGUUUUUACCGGAGGUGAUAAAAACAUGUUGUGAAAUGUGUUCAGAGGCGCAAAAGAAGGAAAUCGCAGUUAUGCAGAAAUUCCUACUGGAAAAGUACCCAGAACAGGUGUUGGAAAUUUUGAACAGAUACGAUCCUGAUGGCGAUUACAGAAAGAUAUGUGCAGAUAAGCUGAGGAGGAAAGGAAUCGACCUAGAGAAAUACUUAGAAGAAGAAUCAUAGAAUGAAUUAUAUAAAUACUGAUCAUUAGGUUGAGGAUUGAAGCUUUUAUUAUUUCCAAUAUCU